CACCCCGCGUCUUCCUGGGUCCUGCGGACUAUUGAGCGGUCCUACUAAAACAGACCCCGAGGAGGGACCUGCUUCUCCGUUACUCGGGUGCCAGAGGUGCGCCACCCGGAAGUGCAGACGUCUCCGAGCUUCUCGGCGUCCCUUUUAGAACGCCUGUAGUUACUCUUUGUAUUCACCCCACAAACGAUUCUUGGAUGUCUGCCCAGUCUGAGAUGAAAGAGGCACAGUCCCUGUCCACAUGAAGGAUUGUCGGACUGGGUGAUAAAUGCUGUCCCUCCAAAGAGUUGGAGGCGCGGGUCUGGAUGAAGGAAAUCUGUCCAGAGGGACAACUGCCCUGGGCCUGGCAGUUGCCUGCCAGGUGGGCACUCAGGUGUUUAGUGAAUGGAGAACAUUCCGGGUGGAAGAAAGGUGGCUGUCAUGAAAACGUCUCCGUGUGCAGGGCGUAUGGGUUCCUGGAGAUUAAGUUGGAAAGAGCUGCUGCCCAAAGGGAGCAAAGAGGAACAGCGGGAUUAUGUCUUCUACCUGGCUGUGGGCAACUACCGGCUCAAGGAAUAUGAAAAGGCCCUGAAGUAUGUGCGAGGGCUGCUGCAGACAGAGCCCCAGAACAACCAGGCCAAGGAACUGGAACGGCUCAUUGAUAAGGCCAUGAAGAAAGAUGGACUAGUGGGCAUGGCCAUUGUUGGAGGCAUGGCCCUCGGUGUGGCAGGACUGGCUGGACUCAUCGGGCUGGCCGUAUCCAAGAGCAAAUCCUGAGACUGUGUCUCUGCCUCUUGCCGAGGGAUAUGCGGGAGCCCCUGGACAAUACCCAAAGAGGGGCCCAUCCCUCUUCGCUGCCCCUUUCUUCUGCACCCCCUCACAGUCCUCUGUGGCCUUCAGCUUCCUCUCCCCUAAGACCUGUCCUUGGCCCCAAUUCAUGUGCUUUGGGAUGAGUGUAAAUAAAAUUGGGCUUUGGCUUGGGAA